CGGCGCCGUAGAGCUUUGUGUGACAGAGCACGAAACCCUGAACAAAUCAUGGACCUCCAUGAUUGACUUCGCUAUCUCGACAAUCAGUCUGUUUACUCUACUUAUACCGCUUUAUCAAUCUGGAUCUUCGUUAUAUGUAAGUCUGGAGUCCUGAAUGGCACCGGCUUCCAUCGGUAUGAUCACGACUUCCGAAGAAGCACUUGCGACCAAAAGACAUUUCCAGGCUGCAAUCUUGAUUGUUCGCAAACAGCAUCUCUCAUUUCCUCUAAUCUUAGUAGCGGCAGAGCUCUUUGUAUCUCACUCCCGACUCUCAACUCUUUAUGAUCACACUCUUGACUGCACAGUCAUUGGCUCAGACAGCGGAGAUGAAUACAUUAUGAGCGCCUUUGUAUCGUAUCUGGGGCAAAAGCAGCGCUGGGACUUUGCCAUCUACCGUCAGCAUUCUUCUUCGGAAGCCGGAUGGACGAAAUUACUUGCUAUGUUUGCUACUUGGUCUCUCUUUGAGUUUCCCAGCCCAGCGCUCGAAUAUGGCCGUGUGGCUAGGUCAUGGCAGCAAAACUAUUGGAUGAACGACAAGUUGCCGUUUGACAGUGCCACAAUUGAACAACUCCGACAGCACUUUCAGCUAUGGGUAGCUUCCAGGGUUUUGGGGGUCUGA